AUGGUAUAUGGCACAUGGGAAACCCUUCAUAUUCCGUGGUCAAGACAUGUCGAUCCAAAGAGACGCUACGACCGAUUCUUCGCGAUGGCAACCAAGGAACGCCUAACCGCAAGAAGAAUCGAACCAUUAUCUGCGCUAGUGGAACGGUGGCGUCCGGAGACCCACACUUUUCAUUUUCUGUGCGUGGAGUGCACGGUGACCUUGGAGGAUGUUGCAGUGCAGCUUGGGCUCCCAAUUGACGGGAGUCCCAUAACGGGAGUAUAUUCAUUCACCGAUCCGACUGCACUUUGCUAUCAACUCCUAGGAGAGUCACCAGAGGACGGUGAUAAAUAUUUUUUCGGCAUAAAAUUUAUAUGGCUAAAAGCUAAAAUUGGACAAUUAUCAGCGAUCGCCACUGAAGGUGAGUUGAUGUGCGCUGCUCGAGCGUACAUCAUGCAUAUGAUAGGGGCAGUACUCAUGCCUGAUGCAAACGGCGACAGUGUGCAUUUGUCGUACUUGCCCCUGCUAGCUUAUUUGUCCACUGCUAGGUCGUAUAGCUGGGGUUCCAUCGUUCUAGCAACACUGUACCGGGAGCUUUGUCGGGCGACAGAGCCGCAUAUUAAAGACAUCGGCGGAUGCCUCAUACUGCUGCAGUCCUGGGCGCUUUAUUAA